AUGUCAUCUUGGAUAGCCAGUGUCAUUGAUAGAUCGAUAGAGUAUAUAAAGUCAAUUGAUAAAUCGGGAGGCGCACCAGAUACUUCAAACUUCACAGAUGCUCAGAAUAGAGCUUUGCACUAUGUGUUGGUGGCAGGCGCCUGUCUGACUCUAUUGGGCACUGGCUCUGUAUUGUUGGCCUACCUACUGAAAUACUUUAAAAAGGAGAAUAACGACGAUGAGGAUGGUGCCAAGAUGAUAUUCUUCAUCACAUUGCCUGGAUUCCUUGGUUCAUUCUUCUGGUUCCCCUGGUUACCAGAGAGAAACGAUGCCUUCUGUCUAGUUCAAGCUUCUGGCAUUCAAUUCUUUGAACUAUCAUCAUUAGUAUGGUCAUCAUGUAUAGUAUUCAUAUUCCUUAGAGUAAUAUCCAAACAGAGUAUAAAGAGAGCAUCAGGGAAGUUUGAUAAUAAGUUGGUAUACUUCCAUUUGGUCAGUUGGGGCCUGCCACUGGCCUCGGUGUUGCCAUGUUUGGCAUUUGGCUUGUACGGUCCAACACCAGGACCAUGGUGCUGGAUAACGAAUCCAGGCCUUCGCCUGAUAAUCUAUGGCGUUGGCGCAAUUGUAGUGUUCACCAACGUCUCCAUCUAUGUAUACCUGCGGCUCAAGUUGAACAAACGCGAAGGCUAUGAAUUCAUCACCAAACGAUUCUUUAGCUUCAUCUUUGCCUCACUGAUAUGCCAGGCGCCAUCGCUUGGCAAUCGCAUCCAGAACUACAUCGACCCGACCAACCCGAUCUUUGCGCUCUACAUGAUACAGACGAUAUUCCAGCCGAUACAAGGCUUCAUCAACGCCGUCAUCUACGGCUUUGUCGACGAGUACUUCUGGUCGACGUAUGCCGACCUGUUCUACUUUUGUCGACCGAUCAACCAGCUGCUGGGUGGCGCCAAGUCCACUGAGCACCUUGUCGUCAACGGAGUCAAAGGCCAGCAAAACAACAAGCCUCCUCCCACUGAGGACACCUACCUCUUUGUUGACUAUGGCGAUGGCGAUGGCGACGACAGUCAGCGCUACAACUUUAUCAAACACAUGGAUGGUUCCAUCAACUAA